UCGACAUGCUAAAUAGGCAGGGUUAUGGCUUCUUAGCGGUGUGUGUGUUGCUUUGGCUUUGUGCGCUGACGCAUGCGUUAUCAGAGAAGGAAUCGAAAUGCGCUGAUGUAAAAAAAUCCAGUUUUGAGUUCUGGAUAAAGGACGAUGAGAAGGUCGAGUUAAAAAGGCUAGGAGCGAAUGGAGAAUGUGCGGUGGUGAAAUGGGAAAAGAAAUUGGUAGUGAUAUGCAACGGGUCUCAGGACAUAGAUUUGGAUUAUAGCGUUGGGACGAAGUUUAAAUGGGUGGCGUUGGCAGGUGGUCAAUCGGCUCUAUUGUUGACAGAUGAAGGGACGUUGAAAAGCGUGUAUGUAUCCGAGGAAUCAGAAAAACUGAGUGUGAAGCUCGACGAGAUAAGUUUCGAUCAGACAGUGAUAUCAGUUGAGCCUCACCCGAAGAGGGGAGGGUCGUUGCUCGCGUUGACUAGAAAAUCCAAGGAAGAAUCAAGUACGAAAGAAUUGUAUUAUUCUUCCAAUUCUGGAAAAAAUUGGAAAAAAUUAUUAGAUGAAGACGUAGAAAAGGUUUCUUGGGCUCAUCUCGACGUUUUCGAUACGUCAGACGUGGUUUCGUUUUACUAUGUCGCGAAGCAUGGGAAGGAUGGCAGUAAACUGCACAGAGCUACGUUUGAAGUCGCAGGUUUACCGGAGACGUAUCAGGGGUUAAAGACGGUGGAGUGGCCGGAGUCCAACCACGUACUAGAUUUCAAAGUUGAAGACGAAGGGAAGUUAUUUUUAGUAGUGGAGAAGGAUGGAAAAAAAGUUAUGGAAAGGUGCCUCUAUAAUUUUUCUAAAUGCGAUAAAAUUUUGUUCCCCGACCGAGUAGAGAGUGUGGAAUCAUUUUCUAUGCUGAAGAAUGGACCUGCAUUGUAUUUGGGCCUGGCCGAGCGUGAUCAAGACGAUCGAGCGACACUGUACGUCUUCAAUUCAGACAGAGGUAGCUUCGCCACGAAUUUGAAGAACGUGGUUGCUCGUAGCACCCAGGGCGAGAAACCCACAAUGGAUGUGGUUUCGAUCGAAGGAUUGAAUGACAUCAUGUUGGCGAACGUAUGGGUAGACGAUAAUAAGGUUCAAGGUCAGGGUAAACCUUCGGAAAAUGAAAAUGAUCGAAAAACGAUGGAGACACGGAUUACUUUUCACGCUGGAUCUUAUUGGAGUAGUUUGAAGGCACCAGAAGGUGAUUGUUCAUCUGACGAGCCUUGCAAACUGAAUCUGUUGAGUGUUGCUAGUGGAAGUAAGGAGGUUAGUCCUAAAUCGACGGACCUUAUUUUAGGUUUGGUAUUGGCAGUUGGAAGUACCUCAGCGAAUGUCAAGCCGAAAGGUGAUGUUGAAUUAAACACCUACAUGUCGAUUGAUGCUGGAAAAACUUGGAAGAAAGUUGUUGCUGGUUCAAGUCUAUUCGAUUAUACAAUGAGCAAAACACAUAUCUUGGUAGUUCCGAGCAAGGCAGAUAAUCAAUUCUUGUAUUCUUCGACGUAUGGAGAAUCUUGGGAUACCUGCAAUUUUCUGGAUGAUGACAAAGCCUCAGUUGAUGGGAACACUGAACCCACCAAGUUUCAUUCCAUUCUUCCUUUUUCUAAAUCUAAAUUCCUAGUUGUUGGUUCUUCACCUACAUCAUCUGGCACAUUUCUUUGGCGUAUGAUUGUAUUAGACUUCGACUCUAAUAAUACCCUAAAAUCAUGCAAUCUAAAUCCAGGCAAUGUUGAUCUGUCUGAUUAUGAUUAUUGGGUUCCAUCAGAUUUUACUGAAACCGGGUGCAUCGCCGGCAAAAAGACUGCCUAUAUUCGUCGAAGGCCGCUUUCUCAAUGCAUUCCAGAUCCUAUGAUUACGUCUAUCAUAUUCAAACAAAUAAGCUGUACCUGUGCUCCUGUCGACUACCUCUGCGAUUAUUGCUACGCACCCGUCAUAGAACCUAACGGAGACCGACGUUGCGUCCUAGAAUGCCCCAAUUAUGAUCCUUCAUCCCCCCCAUCUAAUUGCGUCGAUUUUUGGGUCGAGUCCACUGGUUACACGCUUGUUCCCGGUGAUAAAUGCCUCGGUGGAGACCAACUUCAAGGCUUGUCGAAACAAUGUCCUAAAAUUUCUCCAUCCUAUUCUUUGUCGAAAAUAUACAUCAUAUUGUCUGUCAUAUUUGUACUUCUGAUCUUCACGCUCGCCUUCCUCCUAUGGCACUCUGCAGCUCAUUCGGUGCCCAUCAGAAACUUCCUCUCUAAAUUCCUCCCAGACCGAUUCUUACCACGAAAAGUCACUGAAAACGAAUCUUGGGGGUUGUACCAUCCUCUCGAUAAUCCAAAUAGCGCUGCUAUCAACGAAAAUGAUAUAUUCAAUGAUGACGAAUUUUUGAAAGAAGACCCAAAUAUAUUAGAUCUAGAAGAAGAGCAACCCGCGCGUUCGUCAUCGCAAAACAAUGAAUGAUAUUUCGACUACCACCAUUUGUGCAAAUAUAUGCUCUUCCGAUGAUUGACCCCUAAAACAGUCCCUUUUAUAAAAAAAAAAAGAAACAACUAUA